AUGAGUGCUACAUCCACUGUUGCCGCUGCUGCCGCUGCUACCGUUGCUGCUUCUGCACGACCAAAUAAGCAGACAGCACUGAUUCAACGUCAGUUGGAGUUAUUACGGCAGACACCAUUGAAUUUUGUUCAAAACUUGAAUACAGAACAACAUGAUGGUACCAAUGAAGUGACUGGUAUCAUGACUGGACCAGAAAACAGUCCAUAUGCUGGUAAUCAGUUCGAUUUUAUUCUUCGAUUUCCACUCGAAUAUCCUUUCAAACCACCAGCAGUUCACUUCAUUACUCCGAUUAAUCAUCCCAAUAUCAGUUCAAAAGAUGGCUUUGCAUGUGAUGAUGUAUUAAUAGGAACAUGGACUACAAAAAUGAAUCUGAUUGAUGUAUUAAAUGGAACACAUUCACUAUUAGCGAACCCAAAUUAUGACAAACCAGUAGAUAGUAUUCCAUCCCCUGACAGCAAUAACCAGAAAUAG